GCAUUUUUUGCUGCUUGCACGGGAGCGCCUGCAUGGUGGUAGCGGCAGCUGGGAGCCUUUUGUAAUGGCAUGAUGGCGUGGUGGCGCAAUGGUGUAAACCUGUUCAGCGGUCCACUUUGGGCUUACAGUACUUCCAUACGCGUCUUUUGCCCCCGGCCUUCUGUGGCACCUAGGACUUUUGAAAGAGGUGUGUUGAUUCCAUCAAUGCUGACAGUGACCCUGACUGACUCAUUUUGAUGUAAACACUUUGUCCGCCCGCGUUUUUAUCGGCCAGUUCACAAGCGCCUCUGCAGCAUAAAGCAUGCAGAGUGGACAGUGUGUAUGAAGUUGGCGGGUGCAAGGAAGCCGCAAGCAUGGCUCCGUACAAGACGUCCUACCGGGCAAGACUGAACUUGAGUCAAGGAGUCAAUGCUGUGAGUGUCUCACAUGGAAGUCAAGAGCAGGACGAAGAACUUUCAAAGGGUUUUGCAAGCAGAGGCUCUUCAAUCACACAGUCUGUGCACAAUGACAAGAGCCGGAGCAGAAACGUAGUGGUGAACGGUGGUCAAAUCAAGGCGUCUGGAGGCACUAGACCUCUGAGUGGUUCUGUCCGUAAGAAAAGUCCCAAACCUGAGCCAGAUCAUGGAGCUUCUGAGACUAUUCCAACGUUGAGGGGAGAAGCACCUGUAGAAGGCGCAGAAACUGCUGAGGACCUCGUCCUUUGGCCCCCACCAGGAGAAACUCUACCAGCCGGUGCUGCCCCAGAAGCGAAGGUUCCUGCAUACAUCAACUCAAGGUUACUGCCACAUCAAAGGGAAGGGGUGCGGUUUCUCUACAUGCUCUACCGAGAAAAUCGUGGAGGCAUCGAAGGGGACGACAUGGGCCUUGGCAAAACCAUCAUGACCAUCGCAUUCCUGGCGGCAAUCCUGAAGAAGGAGGGGCGCCCAGACUACCUGAAACCUCCAACAAAAGUGGAAAGACCGGUGCUCAUCGUGACACCUACUUCGGUGCUUUCCAACUGGGAACGGGAACUCGACGACUGGGGGCCUUUCCGGGUUGGGACCUUCGGCGGCAAAUCUAAAGAAAGCGUACUCAGCAGAGCGCAGCGGGGCGAGCUGGAGAUCUGUUUAGCCAGCAUUGCCAUGCUGGCACAGAACAUUGACGACUUGCGUGAGGUUGACUGGGACUGCGUGUUUGUGGACGAAGCCCAUGUGCUCAAGAAUGACAGCACGCAGUUCUACAAGGCAAUGAGCAGGAUCCGCACGAGGAGGCGCUUCGGGUUGACAGGCACGGUGCUGCAGAACAAGUACAAGGAGCUGUGGUGCAUCUUCCACUGGGCCGCCGAGAACAGCCUCGGCUCCAAGAAGAGCUUUCAGGAGUACUACGAGCACCCGCUCAAGCUGGGCCAGCGCAUCCACGCGCCGCUGCCGUUGAUCCAACUCGCGCGCGAGCGCCAGGCGGAGCUGCUCCGCGCGCUGCGGCCGCACUUUCUGCGGCGCACCAAGGACGAGACGAUCGCGCACGCGAUGCACGGGAAGGCGGACAACGUCAUCUUUUGCCGCAUGAGCCCGCUGCAGCGGUCGGUGUACCGGCGUGUUCUGGAGAGUCCCGAUUUUCAGCUGUUGGUCCGGUUGAACGAGCCGUGCGACUGUGGGAGCGGCGAGGUGCGCGGGAACUGCUGCCACACGGCGGCAGAGGACGGGAUUUUGUACCACUACCUGCACGGAAUCGGGAACCCGAACCCGCACAAGUGCCCCUAUUGCAUGACCCUGCCGUGCCUCCAAAUCCUGCUCAAGAUCAGCAACCACCUGGAGCUGAUGAAACCAGACCCGCGCGACCCCCCCGAGAAGCAAGAGAAGGACCGCGCGUUCGCGGCGAUGGCGCUCGGGGAGGACGCGCACCUGAUCGGCGGAACGGAAGCGGAAUCCAGCUUCAUGGGGCUCAGCGACACGCAGCACUGCGGCAAGAUGCGCGCACUGGAGAGCCUCCUGGAGGACUGGAAGGCGCAGGGGGACAAGGUGCUGCUGUUCAGCCACAGCGUACGCAUGCUUAACAUCCUAGAGCGCCUGGUCAUCCGCCGGGGCUAUUCACACCUCCGACUCGACGGCCAGACUCCGCAGUCCAUCCGCCAAGGGCUCUGCGACGACUUCAACCAGUCGCAAAGUCGCUUCGUCUUCCUGAUCUCGACGCGGGCCGGGGGCCAAGGCCUCAACUUGGUCAGCGCGAACCGCGUGGUUAUCUUUGACCCGAGCUGGAACCCGAGCUUCGACCUACAGGCGCAAGACCGUUCUUUCCGUUACGGCCAGACCCGUCACGUGACGGUGUACCGGCUGAUGACGGCGGGGUCGAUCGAGGAGAUCGUGUACAACCGGCAGAUCUACAAGCAGCAGCAGUUCCACACCGCCAUGCACGGGCCCGGCGAGAAGCGCUUGUUCGAGGGCGUGCAAGACCGGAAGGACAUGCAAGGCGAGCUGUUUGGGAUCAGCAACCUGUUCCAGGACCUGGCCGACAAGGUCUUUACCAGCGACGUCCUGGAGCGCGAGGAGCGCAUCACGCAGAUCACGGAGGACCUGGUCGCUCAGGCGGUCGCCCGCCGCGCGUCCCCAAACCCUUCUCAAACCCUGCCCGACGGCGAGCGCGACGAGCACGGCCUCGACGAACUGGCGCGCCUCUUCCAAGCCGAGGUCGCCGGCGACACCGGGCGGGGCCCCGGGAGCGAGAUGCCGCUGCCCCGGUCCGCUCCCAACACCGCGCACGUCCCGGCGGGGCUGCGCGACGCAGGGGUCGUGUACGCGCACAGGAAUGAAAUGGUGGUCGGAACGGGCGCGCGCACGGGGGAGCGAGCGGGGGCGUCGUGGGCUUGGAAUGACGCCGCACGGCUCCACGGAGCGCCGCAGGUGGAGGUGCGGGACUCCGGCGCGCGGAGGCGGCUGGCGGAGGCUGGGAGACGGGGGGACGACCAACGGGGACGGGCGCGGGGGAGACGGACGGAAGACGAGGAAGAGAUCGGUGGUGAGGAGGCAGGGCUUGAGGGCGAGGCUGAGGAGGCGACUGCCGGCCCUAGCGGUGUGCCUAGCAGUCGCCCGCCAAGACGGCGGCCGUACCAGUUUGUAGAUGCUAAUGAGGAAGAGGUGGUUGGAAGGCGCAACCGUGUGGUGGAAGCUCCGAACCGGGGUCUGAAUGAAGACGACUUGGCGACCUUGAGAGUGGAGUCUGGUGGGGAGGACUCAGGACCUAGCGAAGAGGCAGAGACGAACGAGCGCCCACCAAAGCGAGCGCGGUAUGGGCGUCCGGUUGGCCCUGGGGUAGACGGUGCUGCGGGGGGGCUCAACCAGGACGACAUGGCAACUCUGAGAGUGACCGGGGACGAGACAAGCGAACCAGGAGGUGAGCUAAGCGAGCCGGGGGAUGAUGAUCCUACGUUACGAUUGAGUGACGGGCCGAGAGACACCACGGACGAUGUUGCGACCUUGCGAAUGGAUGGGCCCGGGCUCUCAAAUCUCCAGGAAGUGUACGAUACACAGAAGGAGGCCAAUAGUGAAGUUAGGCAGACUCAAAGCGUUGGGGCUGCCGCCCUCGUUCCUGCAUCUCCGGUACCCCCCGCUUCCAUUCUUAAACGGGUCGUCGAACCAAAGGAAAAGCGUGAAGCUGCAACGGACCGGGAAGAGAGUCAAAAGCAGCCGGAUGCGAAAAAGAAGCGAAAGAUAGAGCUGCUUCUGAAAGAAAUGGCCCGGAUGCGAGGGGAGACUCCGCAGGAAACACACAAAUGGCUGACGAGCAAGGCAGUAGAUGGACGAGAGAAGGUGGCUCUUCAGAAGGCCGCCGAACAGAAGCUGAAACAGGAGAAUAGACUCUGAUCCUAACUGCCACAGCCCUAGUGCACAUGCGCACGCUCCGCCGCGCACUUUAUUGAGAAGGUGUUCACAUAGACAAUCAAUAUUUCUGUGAAAGAGUUGGCGCAUCUUGUAACAAAGAUAUUUUGAUACAACAAUCAUUGACAGCCGCAGGAAGGCUGAUGACAUAGACUGCAAUCUUUUCAGUAACUCCGAAACGUAUACUGUGAACAAGUUGGAAAUUGGAGUUUGUCCG